CAGGCGCAGUGUGGGCGGCAACAUGGCGUCCAGGUCCAAGCGGCGGGCCGUGGGGAGUGGGGUUCUGCGGCCGCCUGGCGUCCCAGUCCAGCGCGACGACGAAGAAGAGGAAGAAGAAGUUGAGGAUGAGGACGAAGACGAGGAAGACAGUGACGAGGAAGAGGAUGAGAACGACGAGAUCGUUGACGAGGAAGUGAAUAUUGAAUUUGAAGCUUAUUCCAUCUCAGAUAAUGAUUAUGACGGAAUUAAGAAAUUACUGCAGCAGCUUUUCCUAAAGGCUCCUGUGAACACUGCAGAACUAACAGAUCUCUUAAUUCAACAGAACCAUGUUGGGAGUGUGAUUAAGCAAACGGAUGUUUCAGAAGACAGCGAUGAUGAUAUGGAUGAAGAUGAGAUUUUUGGUUUCAUAAGCCUUUUAAAUUUAACUGAAAGAAAGGGUACCCAGUGUGUUGAACAAAUUAAAGAGUUGAUUCUAAGCUGCUGUGAGAAGAACUGUGACAAGAACAUGGUUGAACAGCUGGACAAGCUUCUAAAUGACACCACCAAGCCUGUGGGCUUUCUGCUAAGUGAAAGAUUCAUUAACGUCCCUCCACAGAUUGCCCUACCCAUGCACCAGCAGCUUCAGAAAGAACUAGCAGACGCACACAAAACUAACAAGCCAUGCGGAAAGUGCUGCUUUUACCUUCUGAUUAGUAAGACAUUUGUGGAAGCUGGAAAAAACAAUUCCAAAAAGAAGUGGAGCAACCAAAAGAAAGAUGAGUUGAUGUUUGCAAAUGCAGAAGAAGAAUUUUUCUAUGAGAAGGCAAUCCUGAAGUUCAACUACUCGGUGCAGGAGGAGAGUGACACUGGUCUGGGAGGCAGAUGGUCUUUUGAUGAUGUACCAAUGAAGCCCUUGCGAACUGUGAUGUUAAUUCCAGGCGACAAGAUGAACGAAAUCAUGGAUAAACUGAAAGAACAUCUAUCUGUCUAACCCAUUUCCCAUGGACAGUGGUGAGCUUGUUUUUGUAAAAUCACCAGAAAACUCAGUAGAGACUUACUGAAAAACUCAUGACUUUAUUCAGAUUAAGAUCCUAUACAAAAAGUAGGUUUCUGUCCCAUGUGUCUGUGACACAUUUACAAAAUAUCUGUUUUUUAAAAUUUUGAUCAAAUUAUGAAUGGUUGAUUAAAAACUUUUCCAAUAAGAGAAAAAAUGAAGUAAUUUAAAGAACUCAAUGAAAACUUCUAUUUUUUAUUUUAAA